UCGAUCGCCAGAGCUGCUUUGAUGCUCGCGAAGCCCGCUGCCUCCAAACACUUUUGUUCCCAAAGCCGCUUUCCCGAAAAUUCAAUUCGGAUUUCAGUUCGGAUUUGAGUAUCACGCGAUGAAGACGGCGGCUUCAGUUAAUCCAGAAUUACGAGUGCCUUCAAUCGGGGUGUUAUAUAAUUUUUGCGAAUAGUUAAUCGGAAAAACUAAAAAUAGUUACAAUCAAAAAUUUCGAAAUCUUGGUGUUACUGAAACAUAUUCUGUUACGUGGUUUUGUGAAAUAUUCUUAAGAUCUGAUCCUUUGGAAUUUUCUAAAUAAUUAUGCGAACUUUUUUAGUACAAAUUUAAAAUACACCACUUUUGUUUUAAUCACUUCAAAAACAAAAAUACAACUUGAUUAGUGAUCAUUAAGAAACCGAAAAUAAAAAGGAUUUAUAUAUUUUUCCAGGCUUUAAAAUGGCAAACCUGCUAGUAAUAUUCAGUAUUUUAAUAAUUCUCGCGUAUAUACCCGAUACCAAUUUUGUAAAGGCGGAUUUAUCCACCAAAGAGCGAAUAAAGAAACACCAAGAUUGGCUGAGAGAGCACAAAAAACCCAAGGCGAAAAAGAAACAUGCGAACAACUCAUAUUAUGAUUUUCCGAACUUGUGGCACACAAGAAAGGAUUUAUCUCUGAGGCAAAAGCCAAGUAAUAAAGAGGAGUACUUGGAAAACGAGACGACUAGUAAAAUACCUAACAAAACCAAUGACAAAGUAUUAAAGCCAACGAUUAUAUUACUUAAUAAUACUAAUCAAAAUGUAACGACAUUGAAACUUGAUCUGGAAACAACAACAUUAGCAACUUUAACUACUCUUAAUCCAGUGGAAAAUGGUGAUGUUGCUACCACAUCGCAAAUGCCAAAAAUUAUGGAGGUUUUUUCUUCGCCAAAUCCACCGCAAGAAACCACUACGAAAAAGUUAAAGAAAAAGGUUUAUCCAUAUCCGCGAUGGGAUAAGUGGAGUGAUUGGAGCGAAUGUACGCGAAGUUGCGGCGGAGGGGUCAAGUAUCAAAUUCGAAAAUGUAUAAGUCGAAAUCCAUCGACGAAUAAUCUGCUUACGAGUAAUGCAUGCGUGGGCUAUUACAAACGCUAUCAGCUGUGUAAUGAUGUGCCCUGCGACGAGCAAUCCCCAGAUUUUCGAGCUUCCCAAUGCACAGCUUACAACGAUAUUGAGUUUCAUGGUCACCGAUAUAGGUGGGAACCUUAUGUAAAGGAGGAUGCCGAAUGUGAGCUGAACUGCAUGCCAUUUGGAAUGAAAUCGUUUGCCACACUCAAUGAAUCUGUAAUUGAUGGAACGCCGUGUCGACAUCCAGCUGAAUACUAUCGGUCGCAACUUUGGGACCGAGCUGUUUGUGUGAAUGGAGCUUGUAAGGCCAUCCACGCCAAUGGAGAUAUUGAUGGAUUGUAUGCACACAGUGGAUCUGUAAGUUGUGGCGGAUUAUUGUGUCGUCCUGUCACGGGGAUCUUCACCCGAGAUCCUUUGCCGGAACAUGCCUAUAUACACGUUACCACCUUACCAGUUGGAGCCUCCAAUAUUUCGAUAACUGAACUUAAGAACAGCAUUAACUUGUUGGUUUUGCAAACAUCGAAAGAGGUUUACAUUUUUAAUGGUGAGAAUACUGUUUCCGAAAGUGGAUCCUACGAGGCGGUGGGAGCCACCUUCGAUUAUCAUCGCAUCGAUGGAGCACAGGACAGCAAUGGAGUGACCGAAUGGAUCACAAGUAUUGGACCCAUCAGGGACUCAUUGCAACUAAUGGUUUAUACCAAGACACCAAAUAAUACUGGUGUUAAGUACGAGUACAUGCUGCCGAUUGUAUCCGAAUCGGAGGAGAACGAGAUGUCCUUGGAGAGCAGCGAUGGCCUGUUGAAAUCCGGACUGGAGGACACCAGUUCGUCGAGCAGCUCGUCUCGGCGAAAGCGUAUUUUUAAUUGGAAGGUAAUUGGCUUCAGCGGCUGCACGAAAUCCUGUGGCGGCGGCACUCAGACACCAAUUAUCCGCUGCAUUCGGAAGAACACGGUGCGUCAUUACUCGCAACGCCGUUGCCUGCACUCCGUGAAACCAGUUCUCAAUGAGAACCUCCUGCAUUGCAACACGCAACCUUGUCCGGCGUAUUGGCGAUUCGACGAGUGGGGCGAGUGCCGCUGUUCGAACAACUUGGCCUUCCGGCGGAGAGAGGUCAGCUGUGUCCAGGAACUGGCCUCCGGCCUGGUGAUCCAUGUGGACAAGGCCGCCUGCAUGGAGGAUCAGCCACCUACCCAGAAGCAGUGUGAAUGCCCCAAGAACCGCAGACGCAACUUGGCCAGAUAUCGUCUGCCCGAUUAUUCCAAUAGCACCCAGGUGAAGCGCAGCAAUAUCGAUGGCACCGAGGUCACUGCCAUCUGGCUGAAGUCCGAGUGGAAUCAGUACUGCUCGGUGUCCUGUGGCUCGGGCGUUGAGCAUCGCACAGUGUUCUGCGAUCGAUCGAAGGCCGGGGAACAGCGUUGUGAUCCCAGCACAACUCCCGAGAGUCGUCGUCCUUGCGAGAAACCCAGUUGCGAGGUGGGCGACUGGUUCGCCGGUCCUUGGUCCUCGUGCAACGGCGACUGCUUCGACCUGACCCGCAGCCGGGAAGUCCUGUGCAUCCAGAACCAGCUGAUCACCGAGGACAAGGACUGCAAGUCGGAGCUGAAGCCGCAGUCCGUGGAGAAAUGCUCCCACGAGGAGGUGGAGUACUGCGCUGCCCGUUGGCAUUACUCGGAUUGGUCGGAGUGCACCAAGCCCUGUGGAGGUGGAACCCAGCGACGCAGUGUAAAAUGUUUGGAAUACGACGUUAAAUUUAACUCCCUGCGAGAAUCAACGAAAUGUCGUUACACAACCAGAGAUACAAUUUACCGAAGCUGCAAUGUGCAAAAGUGUGAUGAUGAGCCCAAGAUUGAUGCUGCUCCGACUUGCACCGAUAAGUUCGCCAAUUGUCAAUGGGCUUCGCAAGCAAAGUUGUGUAGCUACGAUUAUUAUCGCGAAAAUUGUUGUACUUCUUGCACUGGUGGUAAAUAAAUCAACUUCGAAAAAUUUA